AGAAGUCCGUUGGAAUCUCAUUUGAAAGCCGUUGGGAUCGAUAAGUACAUAUCUGUAAAAAUAGCGGGACAUUCGAAAGAGUCGAGGUUCAGGGGCGAAUGUCAAGAACAAUAUGCCUCUGAACCUACUCACGUGUGCUUGAAAAUCCAUACGCCGCUGAACUUGGUCGUGUAUGCUUGAAAAUCAAUACGCCGCUGAAUCUAAUCGCGCAUGCUUGUAAAACGAUACACCGCUGGACAUAGUGCGUAAGAGUGCAAAUCAGUAUGCCGCUGGACUUAGCGGAGGGCAACCGUUUCCCAAAUGACUACACGUGUAGAGACGUCGUCUGCCAUGGAGGCAAAGGUGGUACUGCAACCAAUCAAAGCACAGAAGUCUGAAACAGUGACAGACGCGACAGUUGCAAAAAAUGUAAACACUGCACCUGAAAAGCCCAGUGUUAGCCCAGAAAAUGUGACAAGCAAGAAGCGAACUAAUGUGAAGGAAAACGAGGAAAAGGAAGACGAGCGGCCAAUUCUCGAAAUAAGGGAACACGCUAGCGAAAUAGAGAAGAACGUAUUGGCAUUCUGCAUGGACCCAAACAAGAAAGUUAACAAAAAACAAACGACAACGAUCGUGAGACACUUCAAGGACAUGCGAAGCCUGCUGGAAGGGAGGGAGAGAGCUUCUGCUUCAGAACGGCUAUCUCACAGGAAAGUUAGAGCAGGAUGCAAACGAAACAAAGAAUCAAGGGUGCGCGAUUCUGUGCGCAGUGAGCAAGUCGCUAGAAACCAGCAAACGACUUGAGACAGUCGUUAAGAUGACUUGCUAGAAGGUCGUACAGACGGCGGUAAAACUACCGAAAAACGUGUUUAUAAUCCAGCCUGAAGCAGAGGAUGGGCAGAUAAAAACGAGUGAAGAAGCACGGGGUGCGCUGUUUACACUCGUAAACCCUCGUAAAAAAGAAAUACCAGUUCGUGCCGUUAGAAAAAUCAACGGCAACGGUCUAAUGGUAGAAAUGGCGAAGCCGGAAGAGCUUAAAGUGUUUACAGAAAAUGAGAAGCUGGGCCAGCAUCCCAUACAAGCGGAUACUCCGGAUGAUAAUAUUUGACAUCCCAAGGGACAUGACGGAGAAGGAGAUACUGGCCUGUAUCAUGAAGCAGAACCAGGACAGGCUGAAAAAAAACGCGGCAGAAAUGAAGUUCUGCUUCAGGACGGGGCGCAAGCACAACGAGGAAACCAACUGGAAUACGUGCAAAGUCCAGGGAAUAUAUAGCGAUCAGUCGCUGUUACAAAUGUCAAGGAUACGAACACAUGACAAAGUACUGCCGCGUGAACUACGAAAUCUGUGCGCGUUUGCACAGCACGAAGAAAUCCUGUUAAGAGCCUACGACGCGGCCAUUCCAAAGAAGAAAUGGCACAAUAGAUGCGUACCAUGGUGGAUGCAGGAGGUCACACGAGAAAAUAGAGACACCUACCGGGCAAGAAAGAAGUACCAGGGGUCUAAGGGCCCUGCAACGAGGGAACAAUAA